UGACAUCUUAGAAAAAUUGAUUAUGAUAUACUUGACUUAUAUCUACUUGCAUUUAGAUAUAUUAUUUAUACAUAUAAAACUGAAUAAAUUAGCUACUAGAUAUAUAAACAAUAUAGAUCUAGUCUAAAACAGAGUAGAUCUUUUACCUACAUUUUAAUUUGCUCAAAAUUUCGUGCUAAAACAUAAAUCGUCGCGAAUGUGAUAAUCAUAAUGUGUAUCUAGAAUCAAGUCUAGUAAACAAAUUGUAAACAAAUACGGAAUUGUACCUACUGUACUGGAGUCUAGAUCGAGCGUUGAAUAUGGGGAUCCACAAAUUAACUGGAUUCAUUGACAAAAAUCAACAUCUUUUACAUGAGCAUCAACUUCAUAACUCCUCUGUUGUAAUUGAUGGCAACAACUUCUACCACUUCAUUUAUGGUGCUUGUCACGUUCAGUGCAGUUUCGGUGGAGAUUAUGACAUCUACAGAAAAAGUAUUAUUACCAUAUUUGAUUCUUUUAAAAAAUGUGGAGUCACUCCUUAUGUUGUAAUGGAUGGUGCCUACACAAGAGAUGGCAGGAAACUGAAAACAUCUCUUUCUCGUGCAGCUUCUAGGAUACAGCUAGUCAAAGCCAUGAUUUACAACCAAAGGGGACAUGUUUUACCAGCACUAGCUUAUGAAACAUUCAUGCAGACUCUGUCAGAAUUAGGCAUUCAUCAUGCCACCUGCCAAUUUGAAGCUGAUACUGAGAUAGCUAUCCUGGCCAACAAACUGCAAUGUCCUGUAAUAAGCAAUGAUAGCGAUUUCUAUAUUUUUGAUCUAAGUAAUGGAUUCCUACCACUAGACUAUAUAGACUUCAGACCUCUACGCACAGGAGAAUCUAGCCAAAGUUAUUUACACUGCCAUAUUUAUCAUGUUGAUGAGUUCAUUAAAUCAUUUGAAGGGCUUAGUCGUACCAUGUUGCCAGUAUUCGCAAGUCUAUUAGGAAAUGAUUUCAUAGAACCCAGCGCUUUCAAUGCUUUUUAUGCCAAAUUUAAAGUCCCAAAACUUGUGUCCAAAAAGUUUUCAGUGCCACCCAAGCUGGCUAAAGUUAUCAGCGCUCUUCACUGGCUCCACACUCAGGUUGAGAAUAAUGACAUUUCAGCCAUCAAGAGCCAGAUUCUAAGCUUUGUCAACCCCUUAAAGAAAAGCAAAGUUGAGAGAAUGUUUAUCUCAUCUGUGAAUGGAUACAUAGACAUUGACAAUUUUACUGGCUUUGAUCUAUUUAGUUAUUUUACUAAAGGUUGUGUAGACUGGCACAAAUGCCAAGACCCAGAUUUCAGUUAUUACAAUGGAGCACCUUUUCCUGAUUGGUUUGUCCAGUCUGUCUGCAAGGGAGAGAUAACCCCAUCUGUCCUCAAUGCAGCGGUUUUACAUCGAGUUAUUAUUCCAACACAGGUGGAAAACUUAAAGUUUUCAACAUCUUACUCGUGUUCUUCAUACUUGCGCAAAGUUUUGUAUUCAAUAGUGAUGAAGGAUGAUCCGCCAAAGAUUGAUUCCACAGUAACAAAUGAAAUAGUUAGCUGCAAAGAAGUAUCCAUAGUAGAAGUUGAAAAAUCAAUCAACGCACAAUUUGAUGAUGGAAGUGAAGCUCAUGCUGAGAACAUUGCUGAAAAUAAAAUAAAAAGUGAAGAUAAUACUUCAGAAAAUGUACAGUCUAGGCAUGGUGAUAAUGAAGGAGAAGACGUAGAUGUUGAAGAGGAAGAAAGUGAAGAUGAUGAAACAAAUGAACACAUUGUUAUUGAGGAGGAGGGUAGUGAAACAGACAUACUGUCACCUUUUAGGUUAAAACAAGUCUGCGUAGAAGAAUAUAAUAGAGUUAACAGAAACUUGAAAAAAUGUUACAUAGAAGCUGCAGAAACUAUCUGUUCAAUGUCUGUACCGGGACUGAGUGAAAUAGAUUCUCUGUCUCCAGAUCACAGAAAGUCUCUUUUGAUCAGCACUCUACAAGUAGAGCUUGAUUUUUUAAAUAAUUUCCCUCCAAGCAUGCAACUAUUUAUGGCCUGUGUGAUUUACUGGGUUCGCAAUGCUGAUCCCAGAAUCAGAGCCUCUCACAUAGACAGUGUCUUGUUGGGCAAUAUUUUCUUAAAAGUUCUGUGUCAUUUAAAAGAGAACAAAUGUUUGUGUAAAGCCAAGCAGAAAUGUUUGUCACAUGACAACAAAGACAACUCAACUAAAGCUAUUAGUGAUAGCAAGAUCAUUGUUGACAUUGAUAAUACAUGUCUUGAUUGUAACAUAGACAGUUUGAAACAUGUGAAACAAAACUUGGACAAAUAUCACAAAAAGACUCCCACUUUUAACCGGAACAAUUUUUUUGAUCCCAACAUUGUCCAUGACUUUGCCCAGCUGCAAGCUUGCAUGCUGGACACAAUAAACUUGAACAAAGUUUUACACUUCCCCCUCCCUACUAUGCGACCUUCAGAGAUCAUCAAUGGGACAUUUCUUUACAAUAUUUUCAGUGACCUUCAAUCUCGUCCAAAGCCUGACCUGUUUGUGACAGCAAUGCUCAACAAUAACCAACAGUUAUGUAGCCUAUUUCACUCAUUAAAAACCUCGGUUGUCAACACAGUGGGCUUUGACUGUUUAGAACCAGAGUCUGCCACUAAAUCUAAAAGAAAAGCCAAACGACAAAAAUGCAAGAACGGGAUGCCGAAAAUUGUUUGCUCUGUUAAGACCUCAAGUCACUCCUCUAACAGUGAGGAGGAGAGUAACCCAGUGACAGUGGCAGGUGUUGACAUACAUAACAGGUUUAAUCUUCUUUGUUUAGAAAGUUGAUAUCUUGUGCUAAAACGUUUGAAUUUAAUUUCUUUGUUAUAAAAAAUGUCAGAAUUUUUAACUCAUUUCUUGGUAAAAGCUCAUACAUUUUUGUAUUUUACUUGUUUUUGUAAGUGCAUUAUUUGUGUACUUAAAGCUCACAGUGCAUGUAAUAAGUCCAACAGUCAAGGCACACAUGUUGAUGCAUCUGUAUAGGCUCAUCAAAUUUGUUCAGACAAUUUAUAAAGUACUGUAGGUCUACAUGACUGUAGGGCCUAUAUAUAUAUAUAUGUAGACUUUUCUAUAGAAUACUUGCAUUUCCCACUUUGCCAGUACCAUAUUCAGGGUUCAUAGCCAAUUUCAUGAAUGAUUUUCCAGGUAUUUUCCAGGUUUUCAAGGUAGAGUUUUAGAUUUUCAAGGUAUGCAUCGCACCAUAGCAAUCAAUAUAUAUGUAUAUAUACAUACAUAUGA